GCCACUAAAGAUCCAGACAACAUAUUGCGGAGAGUGUAAUUCGCUUUCUACGGGCUAUCUCGAGAUCGAUACGACAUCGGUUGUCUCUCCGCGCUCACCUCCCGAGGCACUUGCUCUGACGAGCUCGAGCACGUUAUCAGUUGAUCUUUAUCAGCGGGACCGCCGUUGUUGUAGAUAUCAUGAACAUCCUAGAAUGGGCCUUCGGAAAGCGCAUGACGCCCGCCGAGCGUCUACGCAAGAACCAGCGAAUGCUCGACAAGGCCAUCCGCGAGCUUGACCAGGUCCGAGUGAAGCUGGAGAAACAGGAGAAGACGCUGGUCACACAGAUCAAGCAGAACGCACAGAAGAAUCAGAUGGGCGCGGCCAAGAUCCAGGCGAAGGAUCUCGUGCGGACGAGGAGGUAUAUCGAGAAGUUUUACGGCAUGCGGAGCCAGCUGCAGAAGAUCUCUCUGCGCCUACAGACCUAUCGGACGAACGAGCAGAUGAUGCAAGCUAUGAAAGGCGCUACUGUCGCCCUCGGCAGCAUGAACAAGAGCAUGAACCUCCCACAACUACAGAGGAUAGCCAUGGAGUUCGAGAGAGAGAACGACAUUAUGGACCAGCGGCAAGAGAUGGUGGACAUCGCGAUUGAUGACGCGAUGGACACCGGUGUCGAAGAAGAAGGGGACGAGGUCGUGGAACAAGUCCUCGAGGAGAUCGGGGUCGAUCUGAGUCAAUCGAUGGGCGAGACACCAUCCGGCCUCCAGACAACCGCCGUGGCGGAGGGCCGGGUUGCUCAAGCGGUCCCAAGCGGUGGUGGGCUUGACCCCGGCGACGAUGACCUCCAAGCUCGACUGGACAGCCUGAGAAGAUGACAGCGGUUGGACGGUCGGUUCUUGAAUAUGGGAAUUCGUGUUCUGUAGCCAAAUGCCGGACGGUCUUCUUGCACAUGCUGUGGAGUUCCGGUCGCCUACUAUACGCGCCAAGAAGCAGCAGCGGCUUCUCGCAGCUGAUACCUUUACAAAAAGAAUUAUAUUGCCAGCAUAGGGCAUGUGUCAACUUGAGAAUUGGACAACUCAUUGGAAAUGUUGAGCAUUCAUUUGUAUGAUUGGAGCUUGUCAAGGACCGCAAUGCAAGCAUUGAUUGAUUGAUCCUGGUUUGCGGGAAGCCUGAAAUCAGCUCCAUCACUUCUACCUACGCCUUGCUGCGGAAAACGCUGAGAGAUAUGCGUUGCUUGUG